UUUCCAUGCCGACAGGUCCUCUUGGGAGAGCAUCUUCAGUAAGAGCCCGGACAUGGUGACUCCUCUCCAGCUCCAGUGUUGCCAGCGCUUGGUGGAGCUUUGCAAGCAGUGCCUGCUUGUGGUUUACAAGUAUACAACAGAAACGAGGGGGCCCAUCUCAGGCAUUGGCCCUGACUGGGGUAACUCCAGGUAUUUGCUACCAGGAAGUGCCCAAUUCCUCAUGAGAUCACCGCUGUACAACAUGAAGUAUAAUUCACCUGGAAUGACUCGCUCCAAUGUUUUGUUUACAUCCCGAUAUGGCCAUUUGUGAGACUGAAUGGAAGAUUACCAUGGGCUAUGGAUAAUAGCAAUUAACCCAUUUUCUCCAGUUGAACCUUAAGGAAGUGACCCUUAUGUGCUGUUUUAUUGUAUAUAUGUCAUAUAAGUGUGUAGAAUACAUACACACAUGCACUCAAGUAACAUAAAUAUAUAUAUUUAUUAUGUGUAAGAAAAGUUAGCAGAAAACUGAAUAUAAGAUUUAACCUUUCUGGAAAUGUAAUAAACCAUGUUAAAGUUGUUUACACAAAUAUGCAAAUGUGUAGAAUUUGCUAGGUUUAUACUUAAUUACUUCCUACUAGAAAUAUUAUUUUUGCUGCAGAGUGUAUAAAGCAGAAUUGAUCUUGAAGAUCCCAUCACAGUGUUAAAUUAUUUUCUAGAUAACACAGCUUUGACUUCAGAAAGCACUAAUAGUAUCUCAUUAAUUCUCUCACUCAUUGUAGAUAUUUAACAGUGAAACACAAGAGACUUAGAGCCCUGGGGUUGGCUUGAUGGUAGGAUUAGGAUAAAACGGCAUUGUCGUUAUUAUAGCACAUUGUAAAGUACUAGAAGAUAUCCUAGCCUGACUUUCCAACAUUUUAUUCCCCAUGCAGAAAUUUAACUACUUGAUCUAGUGUAUAUUUUCAAUAAAGAUCAGAUAAGA